UCAGGGCACAUAUCGGUUUGUGAUUAUAUUUAAUAAUUAUUCUCAAGUGUAAAAAUAUAAGCUUUAUAAAUCUUUUUUAUUUUAAAAAAGUGUGUUUUUCAAACAAAUACCAGUUAUUCAGCAAGUUCUAUUGCAUUUUUUUCUAUGAACAAUAUAUUGGAAUAUUCAAUAUAUGGGGAACAUCAUGGUUGAUUGUAGAAUGUUGAACAAAAAUAAAAAUAAUGUGAAUCAAUAUUAUUUGAAUGGACUGCUUGUAGUUUUAUAUACAAUGGGAAUCAAAAAAUAUUACUUACCUACAUACCAUACGCACAAAUUAGGGAGGGAUAUGAAUAACUGUUCUUUGAAUGGACUGCUUGUACUUUUAUAUACAAUGGCUCUGGUGUUUGAAUCACAUGGUAGCAUAAUGGAAACAUGGUCAGAUAAUGGCAAUUGCUCAGAUGCAAUGACGUGCACUACAUGUGCAGUCAAAUAUCGGUGUCGAUGGUCCCUAAAAAUACAGACUUGUAUAAGAUAUGCUCCAUUCAACACUUCAAGUUUAAUGGUCUUUAAUAAAGAAGAUUGUCCACGAAUUUCAGUAGUAAAAAUAUAUUCAUAUGAUAAAAUAAAAAUAUCCUUGCAAUACAUUGUUAAAGUAUCAAACGAUUCUGUAGGUUUUUUGAACUAUCUUUUCAAAAAUAACAUGUAUUGCAAAAGACAAUCGUUAAAAAUGAAAUAUUUAGUGGAGAAAAAACACGAUGAAUUUAUAUGUUCGAUGAUAUUGCCCACAUUUUACCAUAAAUUAAUGAAUGUACGAUCAGUAACUGAAUUCAUUACUCUUAAAUUCAACGAGGUCAUGCUGCGGUUUGAUGACGUCCUUGAUCACUAUGUUACGUUUUAUGAACAUGAUAAAUGUGCUUUUGAAUCACUACACAACUGUGUGAUUUGCGCAUGGAAUAACAACGGGUUUUCAAACUACUUGAAAUGGUGUAAUUCCAACAAUACCUGUGAAGUUCGAAAAGAGUUUUACAACUUGAAAAACACUGGUGAUGCGAAAUUAAAAUAUUUAGGUAAUCCAGUGUACGAAGAAGUGUACCUGACGAACAAGUGUCCCGAUAUAAACGUGACAUGGGUUGGUCCGCUGUCAGGGCCGCAAGCUGGUGGCACGUCCGUAUCGAUUGAAGUUAGGAACCACAUGUUGCUUGCGGAUAACCGAACCGUAACGGUGAUGGUUGCAGGAACGGUAUGCACGAACCCCAAAUCAUCUGGACAGGACACGAUCACAUGCACCACCUCACCAUGGGUCGGCACAAAUGGAGCAUCGACUGGUCCUAUCCUGGUCAAGUACUCGUCACCUAAUGCUGGGUUGACGAUCGAGUCGUCACAAAAAUUCAUGUUUGACAUCGAUCGUACCUGUGGCACUCCGAGUCCCGUUCUGGACCAGAAUCAACGAAUUAGCACCGUACCAUUAGGCGGCAUCAACGUGCCAGUACGAGGCGUUCAUUUCAUCGAACCAUGCGUAGUAUCCCCCGCCCGACUCUUCGUCCUGCUAAACGGUACCAUGCAAUUUGCGUCCAGUUAUUGUGAUCCGCCGAUCAACAACACGUACAUGAUCUGUCGAUCGCCCAGUGUGAAUUUUACAACCGUGGACGGGAACGCACCCGUCGAAGAACGGUUGCUUGAUUUCGGGAUAAACGUGAUGAACUUCACCAGGAAUCAGGCACUGUUCGUUGACGGUCCGUCACUCGGUUUUUUCGUGUACCUAAACCCGGUGCUGGUGGACUUUGAAAUAGACGAAUCCGGUUCAGUGGUCGUCAACGGUCACCACUUGCAACACUUCCGGCUUGACGACAUCCUAAUACGGAUACUAGAUCCCUCGGACACCAAUUGUGUGAUUGUGUCCAUUACACAAAAAAAUAUUAUAUGCGAACCUACCACGCCCAUAGCUGCCACCGUGUUGCCCAAGAUCUUAGUCAAAAUCGGUGAUUCUUUGUCAUAUACCGUACCCCAUAAAUUGCCACUCACUGACGACGAGUCUUCCGAACUUUCCAAGCACGACCAUCCGUCCACACUUUUCAGCUGGUUUCACGUGAUAAUCGCCUUGACAAUGUCUCUAUUGUUUGUUUGUGCGUUAGCCUAUUACCUAAAAACUAAUAAUUGGGACAGUUUGUCGGAAAUAAUUCGUCAUCCACUAGUGGACUCCACAGAAUCGUAGUACCUACACACUCACACUGGAUUGUAGUUUAAAUGAAUAGUUCAUUAGCAGUGAAAUUUAAGGUGGGUGUUUUUAUAAUUAAAAUAAAAUAUAUUACUCUAUAAAACGUUAUCAUUUAAACCAUGUCAUUAAACGAUAUUAUAGUAAAUGAAACUGGUGUUCUAGUUAUGAUUGCAGAUGACAAUACAUUCGAUUAUGCAGUAUGCACUACAUUCUCACCUAAGAUAUCUGCAAUGAUCUGCCUAACUAUUUUUAAUCACUACAACAUAAUAUGUUCCGUAUAGUUUCGCGACAAUGCGAUAACACAUUGUCGCUUGUCAUAUUAUUAUACUCAAUAUAAUAUUAUCGACCGGUCCGCUGAUAGCAUCGGCUCGCUUACCUAAUAUACCGCCGGGGCAACCAGUCAGUCUUGGCCCGCAGGCGUAUACAUUGAUCAUCUCCGCUUUGCCCCUUCAUACGCAUAUGAACAAGGUGAUUUUUGGCAUUUACGUAUACUAUCCAUAGUACCUUAGCUACACGCGCUUCCAUACGCAGCGGAUGUAUACAAUGAAUUAAUGUGCCAAUAAUAUGUACUAUAAGCAAUAUUAAUAACCCGCGCUUCCAUACGCAUAUAAUCUUUAUGGUGUCGUUCUUAAUUGGUUCGACACACCUUGGAUCAUAUAAUUACCAGCAUCACCAUCUUCCUCCAAAUAUGUUUCAUCACCCCAUCGUCAUCAACACCAGGUUCCGUCCAUCUGUGGUUGUGUGAGUUGACUAUAUACCACAUAAACAGUUUUUUUUAUAUUAUUAUUAUUAUCAAAUGUCAAUACACAAUUAUUAUUAAGCUAUACUAACAUAACAUAAAUAUAUAUAUAUUUGUAUCGCAUUCGUUAUACCCGAAUGCAAGGUUAUUAUAAUUAUUAUUAUACGUAUUCACAUUAUUUACCGAAUACGAGUUCCUGUUAUUUUCUGUUCUUAUAAUUUAGAGUAAGGGUUACCAUA